CAGAGGAAAAUAGACUUCUCUGAGACAUCUGCGGGAUUACUCUAAUAGUGUGUUUGGGUGUGUGUGUGAGUCUGUAUGUGACUUUUCCUGGACAUGGAUACCCCACUGACCACCCCACUCCUCCUCACCCUCCUCUGCUCCCUCUCCCUCAUUCAUGGGGCCAUGGACUCCUGCUACGAUGACAACGAGGGUGUCCCAAGCCGCUGCAUGCCCAAGUUUGAGAACGCAGCCUUCAACCGCACGGUCAUGGCCUCUAACGUGUGCGGUUCGCCCCCGGAGGACUACUGCAUGCAGACGGGCUCGACGCGGUCCUGCCACCAUUGUAGAUUGUCGGACCCGGGCCUCAGCCACAACGCCAGCCUGCUGACGGACUUCCACACGGAUGAUGAACCCACCUGGUGGCAGAGCCAGUCCAUGUUCUACGGAGUCCAGCACCCUAACUCUGUAAACCUCACCCUGCACCUCAGUAAAGCCUUUGAGAUCACCUACGUGCACCUCAAGUUCUACACCAGUCGACCGGAGAGCUUUGCCAUCUACAAGCGAACAAGUGAGGAUGGACCAUGGAUGCCCUACCAGUACUACAGCGCCUCCUGUACCAAGACCUAUGGGAAGAACGCCAAGGGAUACAUUCGCCCGGGGGACGAUGAGAGGAUGGCAGUCUGCACCGACGAGUUCAGUGACAUCUCCCCUCUAACCGGGGGCAAUGUGGCCUUCUCUACCCUGGAGGGGCGACCCAGCGCAUACAACUUUGACCAGAGCGCCGUGCUACAGGAGUGGGUGACAGCCACUGACCUGCUCAUCUCUCUGGACAGGCUCAACACAUUCGGAGAUGAGUUCUUCAAGGACGCCAAGGUGCUGCGAUCCUACUUCUACGCCAUCUCCGAUUUCUCCGUAGGCGCCAGGUGUAAGUGUAAUGGCCAUGGCAGUGAGUGUGUGUUGGACGAGCAGGGGGCUCUGGUGUGUGACUGCCAGCAUCACACUGUCGGGGUGGACUGCCAGAGGUGUCACCCAUUCUACCAGGACAGGCCUUGGGCCAGGGCCACCGGAGACUCUGCCAACAAGUGUAUGAAGUGUAACUGCAGUGGACGAGCGGAUGUGUGUGUGUUCGAUGCGGAGCAGUACCGCAGCACAGCAAGUGGGGGGCGCUGUGUAGACUGUAGGGACCAAACUGAUGGACCGCAUUGUGAAAGCUGUAGAGAGAACCACUACCGACGGUCACCACAGGACCCCUGCAGCCCCUGUGACUGUAACACCAUGGGUUCUGUGAGUCUGCAGUGUGGUGUGGAGGGGAAGUGUGAGUGCAGACCCAGUGUGACAGGGGAGAAGUGUGACACCUGUCAACCCGGUUUCCACUCCCUCAGCCCUGGCGGCUGCAGGUUGUGCGACUGUGACCGUAGGGGCAGUGUGGGCGUCUGCUCUGUGCUGGAUGGUGGCUGUCACUGCAGGGCUAACGUGGAGGGACACGCGUGUGACAGGUGUAAACCAGGCUCCUUCAACCUGCAAGAGAACAAUCCAGAUGGCUGUACGCCCUGUUUCUGCUUCAGACACUCAUUGGCCUGCAGAUCGUCCAAUCACCAUGCAGCUGUCAACAUCACAUCGGACUUCCAUGAAGACACAGAUGGCUGGUCAGGACAGUUCUCCGGGGGACAGGAGUAUCCUCUGCUGUGGAAGGAAGGGGAGGUCUACUUGCUACCACUCAGUGAGGAUGAUCUCGGCUUCUACAGAGCUCCAGAGAGGUUCCUGGGGAACCAUCUCCUGAGCUACGGCCAGCUCCUUUCCCUGACCUUCACGGCCGAGGCCCAGUACCUCCUCCCUCACAGUGUCACAGUGCUCCUGGAAGGAUCGGGAACCACCCUGUCAGCUGACCUUUCACCCCAACAUGGACCUGUCCACCAGCCGGGCCUUGCUCCCGAGCACACCUUCACUCUCAGACUUCACAAGGAGGAGACGAGGCUGAGGCCUUCUUUGUCUGCCUUCCAGUUCCACCAUCUUCUCUUCAACCUCACUGCUAUACAGAUCAGCAACGCAGGAGGACACAACUACACGUCCCAACUCUCAGGGGUAACCCUGGCUUCCGCUGCCCCCUUCUCCAGUCCUGUUACCCCCUCUACCCCCCCUGUUCCCUGGGUAGAGGUGUGUACAUGCCCUCCUGGAUUUGGGGGUCAGUUCUGUGAGCUCUGUGCCCCAGGAUUCAGCAGAGAGGUCCCUAACGGAGGACCCCUGUCUCCCUGUGUGCCCUGCACCUGCCACCAGCAUGGACCCUGCCACCCUGAGACAGGUGUGUGUGUGUGUAUUGACUUCACCACAGGACCAACCUGCGAGCGUUGUCUGGACGGUUACUAUGGCAACGCGUUGAUUGGCACGCCCAAUGACUGCAGACCUUGCCCCUGCCCGGACCGUACCAGCUGUGCUCAAAUGACAGAGACGGGGGAGGUGGUCUGUACCAACUGCCCUUCAGGACAGAGGGGCAUCAGAUGUGAGAUGUGCGAGGACAGUUUCCACGGCGACCCCCUGGGCCGGUCAGGGCCGGUUCAACCGUGUGAGAAGUGCGACUGUAACGAUAAUGUGGACCCCAACGCGCUGGGCGUGUGUGAUCACAUGACGGGCCGUUGCCUGAAGUGCCUGAGACACACCGAGGGAGAACAUUGCCAACGCUGCCGACAAGGUUACUAUGGGGACGCCCUGGACCGCACCUUGGCCCAGAAGUGCAAACGCUGCGGCUGCAGUCCUGCAGGGACUUCUGGGUCGUUGGAGGACUGUGACCCCCAGACAGGAAGUUGUCUGUGCCUUAGUCAUGUGACCGGGCGAGACUGUGGUCAGUGUGAGGUGGGCUUCUUCAACCUGCAGUCUGAAGUAGGCUGUGAGAGGUGCACCUGUAACCCCAUUGGCUCAUCUUCCAUGGCUUGCCACCAAAUCACAGGCCAGUGUGUGUGUCGGCUGGGAGUGGAGGGGCGGCUGUGCAGCACAUGUCGUAUGGGCUUCUUUGGUUUCUCCUCACGGGGCUGCAGAGCCUGUAAUUGCGACCCAAUGGGUUCCAGCUCCAUGCAGUGCCACACCAACGGCACCUGUCCCUGCCGCCAGGGCUUCGUGGGGUACAAGUGUGAUCAAUGUGAGCUCAACUACUUCCACAACAGAGCCACACACCAGUGUGAGGAGUGCCCCGUCUGCUAUGGGCUAGUCAAGGAGCAGGCAGGGAGGCUGAAGGCUCGGUUGCAGGAUUUGGAGAAUCUCCUAGCACGCUUCGACUGCCGGAGUGGCUACGGGCACCACCAUCAUGUGCGCGAGUAUCACAUGCGACAGCUUCACGAGCGACAGCAUCACGAGCGUGGGCAUCAGGGGGAGGACAGCCUGCCCAAUGCGCUGGAGGACUUCCUGGCUAUCCAAGGUAACCAAUCAUCAGCCACCCACUCAUUCCACACAACCAAUCAGAAAACAUUCUAA